CCGUCACUACCCUUCCUGUGUGUCACAGUGUCACUCUCCUUUUGGCAAAAUUUCCAUGCAUGGCUGAUAGCUUUGGGGCUUUUGUGCGGUCCAAUUUGACAUUUGAUAAAUUGAUGACAAUUAGGGCACGAUUUUACCCAAGAAAAGAAGAAGAUGAAGAUGAUGAAGACUAGUUUCGGUCGAACCAAGGUUGUGCUGCGCCACUUACCCCCUGCAAUUUCGCAGACUGCGCUCGUCGACCAAAUCGACUCGGUUUUUGCUGGCCGCUACAAUUGGUUUUUUUUUCGUUCCGGGAAGAACAGCAGCCAGAAGCGUCAUUCUUAUUCUAGAGCCUAUCUUGACUUCUCACGGCCAGAGGAUGUUAUUGAGUUUGCUGAACUCUUUGAUGGGCAUGUGUUUGUUAAUGAAAAAGGCAUUCAGUUUAAAAGUAUUGUUGAGUAUGCUCCUUCACAGCGUGUUCCAGUACAAUGGUUCAAAAAAGAUGGUCGUGAAGGAACAAUAUUUAAAGAUUCUGAGUAUUUGGAGUUCCUUCAAUUUCUUGAAAAGCCUGCUGAGAAUCUUCCUAGUGCAGAGAUACAAUUGGAGAGAAGAGAAGCAGAACGAGCUGGUGCUGGAAAAGACACUCCUAUAAUUACACCAUUAAUGGACUUUGUUCGCCAAAGAAGAGCUUCAAAGGGUGGAGCCCGGAGGUCGCUUUUGAAUGGUAAAUCAGGCAGAAGAGCUAUUGGAUCAUCGUCUGGAAAUUCUGGUUUAGCCUCAUCGAAACGAGGUUCUGAUGAGGGAAGGAAUUCCACUAAAAUGUAUGUUUUGAGGGAUGCUACAAAAAGAACUAAUGCCAGAGACAGGUCAAAUUACGUCCUUGUUUCCAAGCAAGAUGAUCAACAGCUUUCUGAAAAGUCUAUUCCUUUCACUUCUGCAGCUGGAACUGAAAUGUUCUUGGAGGAAAGUGGAAUUUUUGGAAUUAAUAAUGCUGGGAAAAAGAAGGUUCUUCUUCUGAAAGGGAAAGAAAGGGAGACAUGUCAUGUGUCUGCCAACAUGUCACGGCAGCAGAAUGUUAUAUUAACUAAAAAUAUGGUUGGUCCAAUUUCUCUCAAACAGAACCAGCGAUGCGAGGGUAGUGGAAGGAUAAUCAGAAGCAUACUUCUGAAUAAGGAUGCACAUCAAAGUCAGUCUUCUGCAGUCCGCUCUGAUCGGCAAGUUCGGACUUCAAAUCUGGAAAAGGGCAAAUGGCAUCCUCGGCCCCAACAUGUACAAUUGAUUUUGAAGGAUACAAAUGGGGCACCAGACUAUAAGAUUGUUGGGAAUGACUUGCAUCGACUUUGUUGUGAGAAGCAGGAUAAACGUACAAGAAAUAAGAAUAGAUCUCUUCGUGGUGUCUGGACCCCACGUCAACGUUAUGGUGGAUCUUUUGUGAAUGAUGAACUGUUAUCCUCUUCUGCUUCUCAGCCUACACUGUCACUGUUGUAUCCAGAAGGAAGUCAUGGAGAUCCGAAAGUUGGCAUAUCAAAUGCAAGGAGUGGAGAAACGAAAACCCUUGGAAGUGGAUGUAGCAGUUAUUCUUCUUUAGAUAAUGGCUCCUAUAAACAUAUGGGCCAUUGUGGACCAACAAAUAAUGUCAAGGAUGUGGACAGCUCUUCUAUUAUAAAUGAAGGGAAGCAUUCAAAAAGAGGUGGUGCCGGCUAUGGUUCCCAUGAGGUGAAACAAGUAUGGGUUCAGAAGUCAAGUUCUGGUUCAUAGUGUUUUUGAAUUGUGACGUAUAUUUUCACUUGAAUUGGAGCAUGCAACCCGUGGCUGGAUGCUGUCUGUUUAUGGUGGACAAAAACUGGGUACAGACAAAGUUUAAGUGAUGAAAGAUAUUCCAUAUGACAUUCCUUUUCGAAAAAUGGAUCUGGAUUGAUGUUUAUGGUGGUGUAAUUAGUAUAUUGUGAAUGAAGGAAUCACAAAUUCACAGCUAAGGAAAAAGAACAUAUCAGCAUCCAUAUCAUAUAUAAUACCACAGUGUCUUUGGGCUGUGCUCUUCAACUGGACUACGCAUGGAGCUGGAAAACUAUUAUUGUCUGUUACCUGACUGCAUUUGGGAAGUUUGGUGUUAGAUAUCGAAUUGUAAAUAUAAAUAGCCGUAUGGAUUACUUGGUUUAUUUAUGACAUGGGCUUUGCCUGGUUGAGCAGUCUUUUAUUAUGCAACCGGUUACCAUUUAAAACCCUGGUAUUUUUUUGGGCGCCUAACUAAGCAGCAUGGGCAUCUUUGCAAUUGUAUUCUCCUUAGAAGCAUGGCAGGGUGUUUGCCAGAGGAGUUGCAGUUAAAUGGUCUUGUUUUGGCUGUUUCACAUUGUUUUAGUUGAAAGGUGACACUGCGUUAUGCUGUAUGACCCUUUGGCUUUUUGCAUGCAGUUCAGAAAUCAGGGUGCCAUUUUUUUUUUUU